UUCGAUGUAUCUAGUUGGUCCCCAGUUGCUUCCUUCAAUACACUUCACGUCCUUCUUGUCCGAACCCAAUUCUCACAUUCCCAUUUCUUCUUCAAAUUUACCAUCUUUUUCUGAUUUGGGUUCAUCCUUCUAGUCCCUUCUUCUUUCUCCGUUUGCUCAACCUUUCUGUCUGGGCUGUAAAAUUUUGAAGCUAAAAAUGGCCGUGGCUAUGGCUUCUUGCGGUGUUGGGGUAAACUUUAACAGUAACUCCAGUUUGAAAAAAUACCUUGCAAGUCCAGCACCAGCUGGGGCUUUGGCAGAAGCCACCUUUGGGUUUGCUCCUAAACGCUUCUGCAUUGUGCACAAAGGAAGAUCAUUAUCUUCAUCAACCCCAAUUACUCCGCGAGCAUCUUCUGCUACAGCUGUGGAGGAUGGUAAAUCUGAUGGAAGUCCAAGUGAAUCUGACACCGUUCCGAUUCCUAAGGUUAUUAUUGACCAAGAUUCUGAUCCAGAUGCAACGGUGGUGGAGAUAACCUUUGGAGACCGGCUUGGAGCUCUUCUCGAUACUAUGACUGCGCUUAGAAACCUCGGCUUGAAUGUUGUCAAGGCCAAUGUCUAUUUGGAUUCUUCUGGGAAGCAUAACAAGUUUGCCAUCACUAGAGCUGAUACUGGUAGGAAAGUAGAAGAUCCAGAACUACUUGAGGCUAUUCGAUUGACAAUUAUAAAUAAUCUGAUAGAGUAUCAUCCGGAAUCAAGUUCCCAGUUAGCGAUGGGAGCAGCGUUUGGAAUUGGGCCUCGACCAGAACAGGUUGAUGUGGACAUAGCAACCCACAUAAGCGUCAAAGAUGAUGGCCCCAACCGAAGUUUGCUUUAUGUGGAGUCAGUAGAUCGCCCAGGAUUACUGGUGGAUCUUGUAAAGAUUGUAACUGACAUUGAUGUUGCUGUUGAAUCAGGAGAAUUCGACACAGAGGGGUUGUUGGCGAAGGCAAAAUUUCAUGUUAACUACAGGGGUAAACCCCUCAUCAAGCCUCUUCAGCAGGUUCUUGCUAACAGCUUACGAUAUUAUUUGAGGCGACCAUCAACUGAGGAGUCGAGUUUUUGAGCAAAUUGUAGACUACGUUCAGGAAGUAUACUUGGAAUUUCCAAAAACUAAGCUGAGGGAAAUUGUGGAACACUGUUGCAGUCUUUUGUUCAGUUGAAGGAUAUAUGAACAAAAUAUUGAUACAAAAGUCGGAUAAUAAUGAAAUGAAAAUAAAGCUUUAAAUUCAAUACCAAUGUAAAAUGUUAUUGUCCAAAUUGUUGUAAUGAUAUCAUAGUUAUCCUUCUUUUCUAA